AUGAACUCAAAAAGGACUUUAUCAAGUAUGCCAAGCGACAACAUGAGCAUUGUUUCCUGUUACAAUAUAGAAUCUUGUAACACAACUCAAAAAACUCCAACUGUCCUUGAAUAUUCCUUCGAGUCCCAGCUCAUAUCAAGAUCAACUGCUCGAAAAAGCAAUUUUUCAUUAACAAGCUACUCCAAAGCUGAGACAAGCUGCAAGUGCUCAGUUUUCUAA